GGUGUCCCCGUGAUACUGUAGAUGUUAACAUAAGCAACACUGAGGAAAAAGAGUUUUUGUAAAAAUGGUGCAAUAUACAUAUCUGCAUAAUGAGAUCCAGUAACAAGCAAAGGUCAAAGUAAGCUAAAUAUCAAGGCUGAGUGCAGCCUAGUAGACUGUAUAUAAUGGCCCAGGAGAGUAGUGGAAAGUGGUCGCACACCAGGAAGCCUCCCAGCCCCAGCGGUUAGGGAAGUCUGGGGGCUGGUGUUGCCCUGGGUUGCCCCUAAUGCACACAGGUCUCCUUCCAGAACCGCAAUCCCUUGGUGGCUGUGUAUUACACCAACCGGGCCUUGUGCUACCUGAAGAUGCAGCAGCACGAUAAAGCCCUGGCAGACUGCAAGCAUGCACUGGAGCUAGACAGCCAGUCUGUAAAGGCCCACUUCUUCCUGGGGCAGUGCCAGAUGGAGAUGGAGAACUAUGAUGAGGCCAUCGCUAACCUGCAGAGGGCCCACAAUCUUGCCAAGGAGCAGCGGCUGAAUUUUGGGGAUGACAUUCCAAGUGCCCUGAGGAUUGCCAAGAAGAAGCGCUGGAACAGCAUUGAGGAGAAACGGAUCAACCAGGAAAAUGAGUUGCACUCCUAUCUGACCAAACUCAUCAUGGCUGAGAAGGAGAGGGAGCUGGACGAAUGCCGAAGGACACAGCAAGAGGAAAACAUGGAUGAAAACCGGGGCAGGGCUCAACUGGCCAGCAUUGAAGCCAAACAUGACAAAUACCUGGCAGAUAUGGACGAGCUCUUCUCUCAGGUGGAUGAGAAGAGGAAGAAGCGGGACAUCCCUGACUACCUGUGUGGAAAGAUCAGUUUUGAACUGAUGCGAGAGCCCUGUAUCACGCCCAGCGGGAUUACCUAUGACAGGAAAGAUAUAGAGGAACAUCUCCAGCGUGUGGGACACUUUGAUCCUGUGACCCGAAGCCCUUUGACCCAGGACCAGCUGAUUCCCAACCUUGCUAUGAAAGAGGUGAUAGAUGCGUUCAUAUCAGAAAAUGGUUGGGUAGAAGAUUAUUGACAGAAGAGUGAAGUUGGCUUGACUGGAUUCUCUCUGCAGCCCCAGCUGUGGCAGCACAGGCAUGUCCUGCUGCAGACUGCUCUUCAAGCUUGCUGGGCUGGCACCAUGCCUUACUCACUCUCCGUCUGUCUCUCUCUUCUUGGAUGUCUGGAGAUCCAUUGGCAGUGCUGGACUAAGGGUGUUUUCAUAUCAUCUCCCUGAAACCACAGCUGGGCUAGACCAUCUGGAGCAGGAGUAUGAAGGAACCUCCCAGCUUCAUUCUUCCACUGGGUUCUUUGCAACAUGGUAGGCUGGAGCAAGACCACCUUAUGGGGGCGGGGAGUACAUGUCAUGAAGAUGGCUCCCCUGGAAAGCACUUUGGGAGGAGCAGGGGCUGUGCGUGGCCAACCAGCAUCACUGCUUCUCAUCAUCUGCCUCCACAUCUCAGCUGUAGAGAAGGGCCCUCCUCCACAUCACAGCAAUCAGCUCUCCAGAGAGUUCCCUCCAGCCCUCACCCAGCAGAAACCCUGCUCCUGGAGGUAUGCAGAAGCCUCCCAGUGGUAGUGAGGGCCAGGGAUGAGCUGCCCUCUCCCCCUCCCUCUGAAUGUACAUACUUGGUGUUCCCGUGGCACUACAUCUCCCUGCUGUCCAGCGUAGCUCUGAAUGUUGCCCUGUAAAUAGCCACAUGCUGGGGAGAGGGCAGACAAUGGAUGGUAAGUUAUGGAGACAUUGACUUGGCUGAGGCUUGUACUGGGAAAGCACUGUUCCACAGGAUGGGGGCUGGGAAUUGCUGGAGGCCCAGGGCUGUUAGUUCCCCAUUAAACACUUGGAUUUAAGUUCAUUUUUUUUUUGUUCUAAUUAAAACCCUUUAAAAAAACCAA